AAAAAAUUCCCUUGGGCAAUGCACACCGGCUGACGAUAAUUCCUUCUCAGCAGCGGCUACUGCACUACGCAGUGACGUUACUCAACACACCUAUCAUCACGCUUUCUGUAAGAAUCAUCACAAAAAACUUAAAUUCUUGAUCACCGUUUUUACAGCCGUAAUCUGAGCCACAGUACUAAAAUUUCCGGAAAAAGGCUACUGUAUCAGCUGUUAUGGAGAAAGUUCUGGUUUAUGUGAAUUUGAUCUUCCUGUCUCGUUUCCUGGUCGCCGCACAGGUUUUACCGGACGAUUGGCAGAAAUUCAUCGACCCUGAAGUGCUGAAGGAGGACAAUGCUGAACUGACGUCCGGAAAUGAUCUGUUCGAAGGGGACAUUUCCGGGUUAGACCGCAUUACCAUGGCCAGCAAUCGCGAACAGGCGCAGGAUAUGGUGGCAAAUAUUACCUUUCUAUGGCCAGAUGGUCGUGUGCCGUACGUCAUCAGCGACAAAUUUGAAAUGAACGAGGAGCUACUAAUUAUAGGUGCCAUGCAGAACAUCUCAGCGGCCACUGGCGACAAAUGUAUCACAUUUACCAAGCGCACCGACGCCGGCAAAGAUGCUCCCUAUAUUCGUUUUGUUCGCGGCAUGCGUUGUCAAUCAUAUGUUGGACGCCAAGGCCCCGAUCAGUUGGUGGAGUUGACCACAUCCUGCUUAAAAGGUAUUGGUGGGAUCCAGCACGAAAUUAUGCACGCCCUGGGAUUCUAUCACGAAAUGUCCAGAGACGAUCGCGAUAACUUUGUAACGAUUAUGUGGAAUAAUAUCAAAGAUGCUGAUAAAAACCAGUUUCUGCAAUAUCGUGGCGACAAACAAGGACUACCCUACGACUACGCCUCCCUCAUGCACUAUCCCUAUAAUGCUUUUGCCAUCGACACCAAGAAACCCAGCGUUCUGCCAAAAAAAUUAGGCGCCUCCAUCGGCCAGCGGAAUGGUUUAUCCGAACUGGAUGUGCAACGCAUCCGCAAGGCAUACUGUAUCACCGCACGCGAGUUUAUAAAGGAAACGCCUAAAGUGUCGGUCCAGGAAAUGAUGAGUACCGUCACCGUCGGCUCAACAUCAACGACUACGCCAUUUGUGUUCCGCAGAGACUUUAGCUUGCCGGAUGUUGUUGCUAUCUUGGGCGACUCCAGGCGAGAGCUGAAUACCGUUCUGAAAUACGAAAUCAGGCCGAUAUGGAAAAAAAUCCUAGGCAGCAACGUUGCGGACGAUUUCACACUGUCGAUGAAAAGCGACAUAGCUUUUGACCCUUCCGCGGCUCCUGACGGCACCAGCAUCCACCAGAUAGUUUACACCGUCGACGGCACCGCCACUGCAGACGUCGACCUGGCCGUCGUUGCCCAGCAGUUCCACACCUUGGCCUUAAAAGCCGACAUCCCUCAUCUGUGGGCUGUCCCGAAUCCUGACGGCAGUUGGCAUACGACCGACAUGGUCCGAAACCAGAUCGCCGCAGCGGCUGCGAAAUCGCGGUCUACCUCCAAACCUUCAACCACAUCCACCGCAGCAACAACCGAAGAACCGCAAACAAUAACUGACGAUCAGUCCGAACCGGAAGAAGUUACAACGCCAGCGCCUCAGACCCAACGUCGUACUUUUACCCGGAUAUCGAAUAGGCGUCGCGGCGGAUCUCGCAUCAUCACGAUGACAGGACCCAACACCGUGUUUAACGGCAACAACAACUUCGGCAUUGCCGGUGGUUUAACAGAUGAUGAGUUACGAAUGCUUCCGCCUUCCGUACAGAAUGUGGUCCGGCAAAGUCUUAGUAACGCACAAACGCUCAUUGGUCCAAUGGAUCGUUCAGUUUCAAGUAUGAGCGGAUUCGGUGGAAUUCCACCCAGUUUCAGUGGAAUGCCAGGCGCUGGAUCGUUUGGUACGACAUUUGGAACUGGUGAGGACGGUGUGCAGAGCGGAGUAAGUCCCGAUGGUAAUACGAGGUACUACCGUCGUGAUGGAGUGGACCCUUCUACGGGCGCAAGGACAUCCUAUUCCUCAUUUGAAACACACCAGAGUUUUCAAUCAGGGAAUAUGGGAGGCAGGGGGAUGUUUAGCCCCUUUAGAUAAUAGUGCACGUACAGUCUUCCAUUGCCAGUACCGGUGCGGAGUGUGCACUCUGCAAAGAUAUACCAGACAGACUUUGACAGUUUUCCAAGCUGUAUAAUUUGGUGAUUGAUCUUACUUGUUUUGUAAUUAAUAAUUACUGUCUUUCAUGUUAGGUGUCGAGAAAUUUGAUUUUACGUGGCCUCGUUUUGACUGUAUUUAACCAAAAGAGAACUGACUUAUCG